AUGCCCAACUACGUAUUUGAAACCGCUGAGCAAUCUGAUUACGACAGGAUUCUCAAAUUUCUAGCCGAUCAUUUCUAUCAUGAAGAGCCGAGUAUCAGGGCCACAAAAGUAGGCAUCGAAGAAUGGCUUCCAAUAUUCGCUGAAAUGACAGAGGCCAGUCUUCGUAACCCAUUCUCCACUAUUGUGACGAAUGAGUUAGGGGAUACUGUAGUUGGAGUUUUGUUGAAUUCCGUAUGGAGUCGAGAAGAAGAUGAGAAGAAAAAGAAAGAGACAGGGAAGGCUGCAGAUCACGAUAUCUCAGGAUUCUCGGAGACUAUGCAGAGAUUUUUAACCGUCCUUCAAAAAUGUCACGAUGAGUUCUGGAGUCUCGCCCCACCUGACAUCAACACUGUGAUCUACCGUGAGAUCUCGAGCGUCGGUGCCCCAUGGCAACGUCAAGGAAUCGCCUCGAAAAUGCUGUCGAGAAAUAUGAAAUCUGCUAAAGCCAUGGGAAUAGACGGUGUUGUGUCUGCAACAACUUCUCAUGCAAAUCAGACACUUCUGGCGAAAAAUGGGUUUAAGUGUUUGAAGGAGUUUCCAUAUUCGAAAAUUGUCAGUGAUGAUGGGGCACAGUUGGUAGAGACGGAUGAUGGAUCUGAAGGGAUGAGAAUCAAUUUCAAGAUAAUUGAAGAUUUCGAGUGA